CAAUCCAUCUCCCAGGCAGCAGGCCCAGUACCAAGUCCCCAACUACUCAGGACACGGAACCAUGGAUCUCCUUCUCUUGGAAAAAUCCCUUAUAGCCCUUUUCUUCGCCAUUGUUCUCGCUAUCACCAUCUCUAAACUGCGGGGUAAGCGUUUCAAACUUCCCCCUGGUCCUAUCCCUGUUCCCGUAUUCGGUAACUGGCUCCAAGUUGGAGAUGAUCUGAACCACCGCAACCUAACCGAUUUAGCCAAGAAAUUCGGCAAUAUAUUCUUGCUUCGCAUGGGCCAACGUAACCUUGUGGUGGUCUCCUCACCCGACCUCGCUAAAGAAGUUCUGCACACUCAAGGUGUAGAGUUCGGAUCACGUACCCGUAACGUGGUCUUCGAUAUCUUCACUGGUAAAGGCCAAGACAUGGUGUUCACGGUCUACGGUGAGCAUUGGCGCAAAAUGCGACGAAUCAUGACCGUCCCCUUCUUCACGAACAAGGUGGUCCAACAGUACCGUUUCGGAUGGGAGGACGAAAUUGCUCAAGUGGUCGAGGAUGUGAAGAAGAACCCGGAGGCGGCGACUAAUGGAAUCGUCUUGAGGAAGCGGCUGCAAUUGAUGAUGUACAAUAACAUGUACCGUAUCAUGUUCGACAGGAGGUUUGAGAGUGAGGAUGACCCCUUGUUUGUGAAACUCAAAGCAUUGAACGGGGAGAGAAGUAGGUUGGCUCAGAGCUUUGAGUACAAUUAUGGAGAUUUUAUUCCCAUUUUAAGACCUUUCUUGAAAGGAUAUCUGAGGAUUUGUCAGGAGGUCAAGGAAAUGAGGUUGCAGCUCUUCAAGGACUAUUUCCUAGAAGAGAGGAAGAAGCUUGCAAGCACGAAACCCACGGACCACAAUGGGCUAAAAUGCGCCAUAGAUCACAUCCUCGACGCCCAGCAGAAGGGGGAGAUCAACGAAGACAACGUUCUGUACAUCGUCGAGAACAUCAAUGUUGCCGCGAUCGAGACGACGUUGUGGUCGAUUGAGUGGGGAAUUGCAGAGCUAGUGAAUCACCCAGAGAUCCAGAAGAAGCUUCGAGAUGAGCUUGACACAGUGCUUGGACCCGGUGUACAAAUCACAGAGCCCGACACCCACAAACUCCCAUACCUUCAGGCCGUGAUCAAGGAAACUCUGCGGCUUCGCAUGGCGAUUCCCUUGUUGGUACCACACAUGAACCUCCACGAUGCCAAGCUUGGUGGAUACGACGUUCCUGCCGAGAGCAAGAUCCUUGUGAACGCUUGGUGGCUUGCUAACAACCCGGCGCAAUGGAAGAACCCAGAGGAAUUCCGACCAGAAAGGUUCCUAGAGGAAGAAUCCAAGGUGGAGGCCAACGGGAAUGAUUUCCGGUACCUCCCAUUCGGUGUUGGGCGGAGAAGCUGCCCUGGAAUUAUACUAGCGCUGCCAAUCCUUGGUAUCACAUUGGGUCGUCUGGUGCAGAAUUUUGAGCUCUUGCCACCUCCAGGACAAUCGAAGCUUGACACCACAGAGAAGGGUGGGCAAUUCAGCUUGCACAUACUGAAACACUCCACCAUUGUGGCAAAACCAAGAGUAUUUUGAUUGCGAGCUUAUGUAUCAUUUUCUUUAUUUUUCUCUUCUUAAUUAAAUUUGUCUUCUAUUGUGAGUUUAUUUACAAAUUACAAUCAUUAUGGCCGGUGAAUGAAUUCAGAAUUCGGUGGAGGUGGUGGACGAUGUAAAAAAAAAAGUUGAUACGCUAAAUUUACGCCAUUACCCGGGCGUAACCCGUGACCAUGUACGGAUAUGUAAGGCCUAAGGAAUAUAUAUUGCAAUGUGUACCUUUUUUCAGCAAAAAAA